UGGUGGCCUCUGGUCAAGAAUUCACUCCAUCUCUCUCUCUAGAAAAAAAAAAAAAAGUAAGCUCUUUUUUCGCAAAUCUGAGUUCUCUUCCUCGUAAUGCGAAUCCAACCUCUCUUCGUCGAGCUCAGGUAGUGUAUACGAUCGUUCUUGAAAUUGGAUUCAAGAAAGUGACAAGCUUCAGAGGAUUAGGAUGAAAGAAACGGGUCAUUACGUGCCACCACCUUAUGUUCCAUUAAGACAGUCAGAUUCUGAAGCUGAUUCUGAAGCUGAAGUCAAGACCGUUACUCCAAAUCUGGAAAUUGCUGUUUCUCAAAGCUCAAAAGAUGAUGAUCCGAGACAAUGGUCAUCUGGUAUAUGCGCCUGCUUCGACGAUAUGCAGAGCUGUUGUAUAGGUUUGUUCUGUCCAUGUUAUAUCUUUGGCAAAAACGCAGAGUUUUUGGGGUCUGGAACAUUUGCAGGACCCUGCUUAACUCAUUGCAUUUCAUGGGCUUUGGUCAACACCAUUUGCUGCUUUGCCACAAAUGGCGUGUUACUCGGCCUGCCGGGAUGCUUUGUGUCAUGUUAUGCUUGCGGAUACCGCAGGUCAUUAAGAACCAAGUAUAAUUUACAGGAGGCUCCAUGUGGGGAUUUUGUUACACACUUCUUCUGUCACUUGUGUGCCAUUUGCCAAGAAUACAGAGAGAUUCAAGAACGUAGAAGCGGCUCAUAUCCUCCCGGCAUGAAGAUGGCUAUCACCGAUGCUCCCUUGGCUCAAACCAUGAAUUCAGCUAACUGAUCACUUUUUCUCCCCUUGAGUUUUUAGUUUCUAUUGUAGAGGGCAUCUUUCUUGUCACCGACUUUUUGCUAUGUAUUUGAGAAGUGUGAUGAGUAAAGUAACUUUGAGUUGUAAGUUUAUCUUAGAUAAAAGGUUUGAUUAGUAAGGUAUGUUGCUCUU